GUGGCAGGGUCGCUGGGUGACAGAACCGCGCGCGUGCUCAGGCCUUCUUCCCACGUCUGCGGCCCAGGCGAGUGCAUCCUCGGCCCCUACCUGCCCAGCCAACGGAUAAUGGGGAUUCUGGGCGCCCGGCGCAGCCUGGAGUGGCUGCUGGGCUUCUACUUCCUCUCCCACGUCGCCAUCACCCUGCUGUUCGAUCUGCAGACCGUGCUGCCGCGCGAUAUCUACCCCAUCCAGUUGAGAAACCUGCUGAAGUGGUACACCCAAGAGUUCAAAGACCCUCUGCUACAGUACCCCCCAAUAUGGUUUAAAUCCUUCCUGUUUUGCGAGCUUGUGUUUCAGCUGCCUUUCUUCCCCAUUGCAACAUACGCCUUCUUCAAAGGAGGCUGCAAGUGGAUCCGCACCCCUGCGAUCAUCUACUCAGUCCACACGAUGACAACCCUAAUUCCCAUUCUCUCCACACUUCUAUGGGAAGAUUUCUCCAAGACCAGUGCUUUCAAAGGGCAAGGACCUAAGACUUUCCACGAACGACUAGCCCUCAUGUGUGUCUAUGCCCCCUACUUUCUGAUCCCUCUUAUGCUUCUGCUUUUCAUGUUGCGGAGCCCCUACUACAGGUAUGAGGAGAAAAGAAAGAAAAAAUGAGAGCGAGAACUACUGGCCCAGCAGAGAGAUGCCCACAGGACAGUUUCCUGUUGGACCCAGUACAAGGAAAACUGCUCAGAACCCACGUCUUCAGUAGCAUUUGAAACACACCGGCAGCAGGAGCCACAUCAAACCAUCACCUUCCACGGGCACUGGCACAGACUGAUCACCUGAGGGUGGGCAGGGGGUGUGGGCUUGGUAAUAGGGAAGUGGGGCCAAGUACUUUACUAUGUGCCCGGGUUCCACUGCAGAAUUACUAAAAGCAUCACCAGACUGGAAACUGGAUAAACUUUUAAGAAACACGUCCUGCUCCGCAUCUUCGUGCAUCACUUGGUCCGCAAUAUACAUGUGACCAAUCCCUUGACUCGUGAUUCCAUUCCAUCACUGUUCAUUCAGUGAACAGUGGGAUGUUUCAGGGCAUUUUUAAGUUUGAGAUCAUGCCUCUUUAAUAUUCAUUAAAAACUAUCUUUUUCAUGCCCCCACCCUGCAGGGGAGGGCCAUGAAAACUUCAGUUUUAAACUUCAGUUUAAACUGAACAGUUUAAACUUCAGUUUUAAACUUCAGUUUAAACUGUUCAGUUUAAACAGGUUUAAACUUCAGUUUUCCUUAAGGUUCAGCCCUGGCAUGACUUUCAGUCAAUAAUGGACAAAAUUAGAUGUUUUGCUCCUGUCUUAAACAGCAUCCGAAGAAGAGAGAUUUUUUAAAAGUCUUGUUUAUCCUCUUGCCAAACCUUAGUCCUGUAUUUUUAGCUGCCACAUGACAAAAGUUUCCUUACUCUGAGGGCUGGUGUCUCAAACCCGACCUGAAAGUACUUCCUACUGAGUAACCUCCCGUACGAUUCGCUCAAUCUCACCUCCCUGUUCCAUCUCAUCAGAACGGGCCAGCAGGCCUCACGUGUCCAGAAUGUGCGCGGAGGGUGUCUUCACAUCGGUGCUUGCUGUUCUGUUAGCUUUCUCUAAAUUCAUACUCAAGGCUAACUCCAAAAAAUGAAAAUGAAAAAUCCUGUCUGGUGUGGCUCAGUGGAUUGAGCACUGGACUGCAAGCAAAGGGGCCCAGGUUCAUUUCCUAGUCAGGGUGCAUGCCUGGGUUAUGGGCCAGGUCCCCAGUGGGGGGUUGUGUAGAAGCAACCACACAUUGAUGUUUCCCUCCCUUUCUUCCUCCCUUCUGCCCUCUCUGAAAAUAAAAUCUUUUUUAAAAAAAUAAUAAAAUUAAAUUAAAAAAAAAAAAAACUUGUGAACACACGUAGACAACAGUAGAAAUUGGUCCCAGUUCUGUCUUUGCCUUUCGCUCAUACAUUAUAUUGCUCUAAUUGUUGGGAGUAUCAUGUGACUCGUGUCUAGUCCAAAUAAAGGUAGCUGCUGACCA